AUGACUGCUCAGGUUUCUACAGGGCCGUUAGUCGCGCUAGCGCCGUACGCCACGGGGCUGCUCGCGGUCAACUGGUUGAGAGAGAAGGCUAUGGGCGUGGCCGGAUGAUAUUCUCUGCCCCUGCUGGAAAGUACCCGCGGUGACCCACUGCCGAUGAAGAGGCUGCCCCUGUUGUCCACCGUGGGCGUUUAUCCAUCCCCAUCGGGCAUGGCAGGAGCGCAGUGACAACACCUCUGCAGCAGGCGUCGAGGUGGACGUUGGCCCCGCCGCAGUGUUGCCGUCGCUGCCGUGGACUGCGGCGAAGUCCCUGCGGAGAGGCAGGGCCUAACGAAGAUCGCUGCUGCCGCAAAGAUCUGUUUAGCAUCCAUGGGUGGAUCGUCUCUCCUCACCCAUCCCUCCUAGGAAUAUACACAAGCCUUUAUUUCCCCGGCAUGUUAGAUUAG